CGCCUGACAGAGGAACAGAGAGAGCAGGAUGAUAGAAUAUUUAGAGUAUAACAAGUUCUCGUUAAAAUCAAGAAAAAUCGAGUUUAGAAAGAUCGUGCUUACUAUGUACUGAGCCAAAUCACUUCCGGCAGGAAAGCUCCUAUUAAAGUAAAACGUAAAGUUAUGCGAAAUUGUACGACAGCAAAGCAUCAAACGGCGCGCAAUUGUGUUUGUCUCUUAGGAAAAACUUAGCAUCUACUUUUUGAGGAUCUACUUACAACGAACGAUGAACCGAGAAAGAUAUGUUUCGUACCUGUUGACACAGACACUAUCUUGGCACUGAGUGGCUCAGGUUCCUAAGAAAGCGGCGUUGUGCGUUAAGGGUGUGGAAAUAAUCACCGAGAAAUCGUUACUCAAGUUUCAUACCAUUAAUCCUUCAACAAUCAUACGAUUGGCUACAAUGUCUUCGGAAGGCCCAGCAGUUCUUUCGUUUCAAGAUACGCUUCUACGUGAAUCUGACGUUGCAACACUUAGCAAGGGCGGCUGGCUUAACGACAAUGUCAUAUCAUUUUAUCUGCAGUACCUUGAAACUAAAACAUACAACGACCUUAAUGAGGUUGCUCUGCUUGCAGCUGAAGUUGUUCAGUUGAUCAAGAGCCUGACUACCGCAGACAUUGAACGCAUGUUCAGCCAUCUCAAAUCGAAAAAGCUUAUUGUGCUACCGAUUAACGAUUGUAGUAUUUCUAGCACAGGCGGCACGCAUUGGUCGCUGCUUAUAUACCACAGAGGAGCGUUCUUUCAUUUGGAUUCAUCCUCGUCACGAAACUCAGAAGACUCUUAUCUCGUCGGUGGACUACUCUCCAGAGCACUUUUUGGCAAAAAGCUGCCAAUAACGGAACUUCGCUGCGCAUCGCAGCGGAACUCUAAUGACUGUGGUCUGUACGUGUUAGAGUUUGCUGAAAUUGCGUGUGAUCUGUUUGCAAAGGGUGUUCCCCUAAUUGAGAAGGCCUUCCUUCAGGUAAGCGCCGAUGCUAUCGCCUAUAAAAGGCACUCGAUAUCAAAACUUAUUGCCAAAUUGAGCAAAGAGGCAAAGCGGGAACAAGGACCGCAAUGAUAAUAGCAAUGUGAAAUUUAAUGUGUGUACUUAAUAAAUAGUUUUUAUGAACCUAUCAGCCUAU